AUGGCAGAACCAACAGAUCGUAUCAUCAGUGGAGUAAUCGAGAUUAGGGGAUUAUUGCUCCAGGCGAUGGAGAAGCGUCGACACAUAGUCUCGACACCAGCUUUCAUCCUAGAGUGGCACAAAGAAGCUUACGAGCGACUAACUCGCGUCCGCAACGAACGCUGUCAAGCAGAUGACCUGCCGUCUUCGAAAUAUCUCCCUAUCCUCGCUUUCUAUAUGGAUCACAGCAUUCUGGUCUUUAACGCUCAGGCUUUGCGAGACUUGACGGCCUCUGAGGAUAGUGCGGCAGCAUCUGCACUUUUGAUCAUCCAGAGAAAGAGUAUUGAAGUUGCUGGUCGUAUCUUUGACCACUUGGUGACAGAUAAAACAAUGAACGACGUCUCAGUUGGCUUUCAGAAUAACCAGUUUAUUAUGAUAUGCCACGCUAUGACUGAGAUACUACGGGCCGUAAAGAAAGGCGGCAUUACAGCAGAAGAAACUGCCGCCGCUGCAGAAAAGGUUAUCAGUGUCAUUCCAUUCUUUGACCGUGUGGUGCAGCACCUUCCAGCCUCAUCAUCUGUACACCUUUACUUUGAUCUUGCUCGUUUCUUUGCAUGUCAGAUCGACUCUUUGCUUGCGCCACCUGAUCCACAGGCUUCACGAGAAACGAUCGAUCAAGGAAUGUUUACGGAUGAGUGGUUCAAAUCUGUUGAUUCGGGCGUGCCAGAUGUUGCCACGUAUAUAGAUAUGGGAUAUUUGGGAAUGGAUCAGUCAAUGAUGGAUGCGAAUGGGUUCUUCGAUUUUAAUGACUUUAAUGGUAUGGCAUAA